AACGUUUAACCAUCGUCGAUAUUGGAAAAGGCUCGUUUAUGGAGGAAUCAGCUCUUCUACGAUCAUUCUAGAUCUCUCUAGGACUCAAGUGAUUCGGAGAAAGGAAGCGGUGUAAAUAUUUGGUAAUACGUUCUUGAUUGUCUUUUCCAGGUACCCAACCUCGUCAUUCUUGGCGCCGGAGGCGGGUUUCGUGCCAUGGUGUAUCUCAGUGGUGUGUUCUGUGCACUGAAGGACAUGGGACUGUUUGAUUGUUGUACGUACACUUCUGGCCUAUCAGGGUCAAAUUGGUUCCUUUCGAUGUUAUAUUCUCAUCCUGAGUGGCCCAAGAUUCAUCCUCAAGUGGUGAAGAAUGAAAUGAGAGAUAUUUUUGAGGAUAACUGGAUGAUGAAGUUCUUGUUUUCUCCAUCGUGGCUGAUAAACCACUUGAAAAUCAUACAAGGAAAGAAAGAGCGAGGCCAACCUGUUACUUUCACUGAUUUCUUUGGUUAUCUAAUUGGUGACGUGUUGCGAAUAAAGCGAAAAGACGUCCCUAAGCUAAGUGAUCAGCAGCGUGUUGUUAAAGACGGCUUGGUACCAUUUCCUCUUUACAACUGUGUUCACGUCAAAACAGAUGUGCCAGCAAGAGAGUUUGGUGAAUGGGUUGAGUUCACCCCGUACGAAAUAGGCAUGGCAAAAUAUGGUACUUUUGUGAAGACAGAGCAAUUCGGAAACAAAUUUUUCUGCGGCAAGCUUGUACGUUCUUACAAAGAACCGCCUAUCCAUUUCCUUGAAGGUCUGUAUGGCAGUGCGUACACUUUUGUAGUGCAACGUUGUCUUGCCUCGGGAAAAAAGCCUGCUUCUCUGGAAGAUCAGAUACGCAUCACUGGAGAAUUGCUACAAGAACUGCAUAAUGGAGGAGCGAUUGACUCAGACGAAAGUCUGUGCUUUGAUGCUGAAGAGAGCGAUAACGAAGAGGCUCAAGAGGACGAUGUCAAAGCAAAACAACAGCUCGUAGAGCAAGAGCCUGAGGAAGACGACAGUUUUGAAAACUUCUUGAAAUUUCUCGCGGAAAAGUUUCCAAUUCUUAAGACCCGUGAGGGCCGAGCAGGCCUGGUCCAUAACUUUCUUCGAGGGCUCCAGCUGCCAUCGGCGCCAGUCCCAUCGGGACCUGAUGCCGUUGAGGACACUGUAGACCAGUAUAGUGUGAGGUCCGAGCGUAUCUUCCUGAUUGACAGUGGGUUGGUGUUCGGAUCUCCUAACCCUAUGUUCUUUAUGACACCUCAGCGAACUGUGGAUGUCUUCCUGUCCUUUGAGACAAGUGAUCGUCGCUGGGAUGACAAUCCGCCCUUCAAGGAGCUCUUGUUGGCUGAGGAGUGGGCGAAAAAGAACAACGUGAAGUUCCCUCCGAUCAACGCCGAAGAACAAUUCAAGAAAUACGGAAUGAAGGAACUCUAUGUAUUCCGUCAUCCCACCGACCCUUCAUGUCCGAUCGUGAUGCAUUUUGUAAUGGUAAAUUUAACGUUUCGGGAAGAAAGCGCACCAGGGGUCAAACGAAAGACCGACGAAGAGAAGAAAUUUGCCGACUUCAAAAUCCUCGAUGACCCGGAUAAUUCCUACAGCACCUUCCGUUUUCAGUAUCCAAAUCUUCAGUUUGAUCGUCUCUCAGAUUUAGGUUACUUCAACACGCUUCUCGGCGAAGAUGCCAUCAAAGAUGUCAUGGCUGAGUGUGUGAAGAAGCUGCGAGCUUAGGUCAAAAGACUGGCAGGCAAUGAAAGAAAAAUGCUUUGUCACAUUUAAUCAAUCAGCAGGAGGAGUUUCUUUUCUAAAAUAAUACCUAUUACAACAAAAUUUGUUUCAUAACCUCAAAGCACACGCAGAACGUUAAAUUGAAUUAAGAACUAACUUGAAGACAGAACAAGCUAAAAAUUAUUGUUGAUAUAUAGUUAACGUAGUUAGCUUGUUUUUAGUGUGUUUGGGCAAGUUAGUUAGCUGGUAAUUAAGAUAGAAAAAUUAAAAAGAACAAAAGAGCUCGGAAAUAGUCAUGCCAUAAUUUACGUGCGAAGUUCAAAUAGUUCAAAUGCUUAAGUGAAGCAUCCUAGCAUUAUAAUCAGAAACUAGCGUUGAAAUUUAAAAUAAAAGUCGCAAAACUU